GAGAGAGGGAUUGGAUGAAAUUAGAGAGGGACAGAUAGAUAUACUCUGGGAAGAUGCACACACUGCUUCUCGCCCUCCUCUCUUGCUCACAUGCACAUAGACAGUCUCUCACACACUCUUACACACACUCUCUCUCCCACCCUCUCUCAGUCUCUAAGCCAGGGCAUUAUACCACUGCUCUCUGGUCCAGCCAAAGUUGGAGUAUUCCUGGGAUGAAUAAUCCACUCUGCGAGGAUAAAUCAUCCUAAACCAUCCUCAGGCGGCUUUGAGGAGACUAGGGAGAGGAAGCCAGCCCUUGUGGGGUGGCCAGGGCUUGGCCAGCUGGGAGGACAGCCUGGCGCUGGUGAUUGGUGUGUCACAGCCGGGCUGCGAGCUGCUUCCAGGGCUUUUGUCUGGCGCUGGGAGUGAGGCUCAGCAGCGUGAGGGACAAUCGGAGCUGCUCGGGGCAGGCUGCCGCCUUGUGUCCUGCUUUCCCUGCGGCCAGACCAAGCUGCCAGAGCUGCUGGUCAGGUUUUCUCACCGACCUCACCUGAGCACGGCAGUCUGGAUUGACUCUCCAGGGAAAUGUUUUCUCCCUGCGAGCAGUAGCAGCAGUCCUGGCUUCCCUGGACUGAGAACCUCUCAUCAGCCCCUGGAAGCCCCGAGCCGCUUUCAGGGAUCUGGAACCUGUGUGCCUGUGGCCCCAGGUCUGCUUCCAGGCGUGGGCUGAAGUCCUGACCUCUGUUGCUGGGGGCGAGGAGUGGGAAAGCCCAGCUUCUGCCCCGGCUGUGGCAGGCAGCAGGCUGAUGGUGCUGGCUUCCCCGGGACUGCUUCUCCUGCCUGCUGUCUGAUUUCCCUGCAUGGUGCCCGCAGCUGAGCUGCUACUGUGAGUGGUUUCAGCUGGUGCCUGGCCUGCAUCUCUCGGCUGCUGUGGUUUCACUCCAUCUCCUGUUGCCCACCACCUCGUCCCCGGGCCACCUGACACCCCAGCCCGUCAACUAAGGUGUGGAUGGAGAGUAGGGGGCUGGCUUCCCUCACUGGUCAGGGGUCUCCUCCCCUGUCUGCCUCCCGGAGCUAGGACCGCAGAGGGGCCCAUCAUGGUGGUUGCAGGCCCCCUGGCUGUCUCGCUGUUGCUGCCCAGCCUCACGCUGCUGGUGUUCCACCUCUCCAGCUCCCAGGAUGUCUCCAGUGAGCCCAGCAGUGAGCAGCAGCUGUGCACCCUGAGCGAGCACCCCACCGUGGCCUUUGAAGAUCUGCAGCCAUGGGUCUCUAAUUUCACCUACCCUGGAGCCUGGGAUUUCUCCCAGAUCGCCCUGGACCCCUCCAGGAACCAGCUCAUCGUGGGAGCCAGGAACUACCUCUUCAGACUCAGCCUUGCCAAUGUCUCUCUUCUUCAGGCCACAGAGUGGGCCUCCAGUGAGGACACACGACGCUCCUGCCAAAGCAAAGGGAAGACUGAGGAGGAGUGUCAGAACUACGUGCGAGUCCUGAUCGUCGCUGGCCGGAAGGUGUUCAUGUGUGGGACCAAUGCCUUUUCCCCCGUGUGCACCAGCAGACAGGUGGGGAACCUCAGCAGGACGAUUGAGAAGAUCAAUGGUGUGGCCCGCUGCCCAUACGACCCACGCCACAACUCCACAGCUGUGAUUUCCUCCCAGGGGGAGCUCUACGCGGCCACGGUCAUAGACUUCUCAGGUCGGGACCCUGCCAUCUACCGCAGCCUGGGCAGCGGGCCACCACUUCGCACUGCCCAGUAUAACUCCAAGUGGCUCAAUGAGCCAAACUUCGUGGCAGCCUAUGAUAUUGGGCUGUUUGCAUACUUCUUCCUGCGGGAGAAUGCAGUGGAGCAUGACUGUGGACGCACCGUGUACUCUCGCGUGGCCCGCGUGUGCAAGAAUGACGUGGGAGGCCGAUUCCUGCUGGAGGAUACGUGGACCACAUUCAUGAAGGCCCGGCUCAACUGCUCCCGUCCAGGCGAGGUCCCCUUCUACUAUAACGAGCUGCAGAGUGCCUUCCACUUGCCGGAGCAGGACCUCAUCUACGGAGUUUUCACCACCAACGUAAACAGCGUCGCGGCUUCUGCCGUCUGCGCCUUCAAUCUCAGUGCCAUCUCCCAGGCUUUCAGUGGCCCAUUUCGCUACCAGGAGAACCCUAGGGCUGCCUGGCUUCCCAUCGCCAACCCCAUCCCCAAUUUCCAGUGUGGCACCCUGCCUGAGACCGGUCCCAACGAGAACCUGACGGAGCGCAGCCUGCAGGACGCGCAGCGCCUCUUCCUGAUGAGCGAGGCCGUGCAGCCGGUGACACCCGAGCCCUGUGUCACCCAGGACAGCGUACGCUUUUCACACCUCGUGGUGGACCUGGUGCAGGCCAAGGACACGCUCUACCACGUGCUCUACAUUGGCACCGAGUCGGGCACCAUCCUGAAGGCGCUGUCCACGGCGAGCCGCAGCCUCCACGGCUGCUACCUGGAGGAGCUGCACGUGCUACCCCCCGGACGCCGCGAACCCCUGCGCAGCCUGCGCAUCCUGCACAGCGCCCGCGCGCUCUUCGUGGGGCUGAGCGACGGCGUCCUGCGAGUCCCACUGGAGAGGUGCGCCGCCUACCGCAGCCAGGGGGAAUGCCUGGGGGCCCGGGACCCAUACUGUGGCUGGGACGGGAAGCAGCAACGUUGCAGCACGCUCGAGGACAGCUCCAACAUGAGCCUCUGGAUCCAGAACAUCACCGCCUGCCCUGUGCGAAAUGUGACACGGGAUGGGGGCUUUGGCCCAUGGUCACCAUGGCAACCGUGUGAACACUUAGAUGGGGACAACUCAGGCUCUUGCCUGUGUCGAGCCCGAUCCUGUGACUCUCCUCGACCCCGCUGUGGGGGCCUUGACUGCCUGGGGCCAGCCAUCCACAUUGCCAACUGCUCCAGGAAUGGGGCGUGGACCCCGUGGUCAUCGUGGGCGCUGUGCAGCACGUCCUGUGGCAUCGGCUUCCAGGUCCGCCAGCGAAGUUGCAGCAACCCUGCUCCCCGCCACGGGGGCCGCAUCUGCGUGGGCAAGAGCCGGGAGGAGCGGUUCUGUAACGAGAACACACCUUGCCCGCUGCCUAUCUUCUGGGCUUCCUGGGGCUCCUGGAGCAAGUGCAGCAGCAACUGUGGGGGCGGCGUGCAGUCGCGGCGUCGGGCCUGCGAGAACGGCAACUCCUGCCUGGGCUGCGGCGUGGAAUUCAAGACCUGCAACCCCGAGGGCUGCCCCGAGGUGCGGCGCAACACGCCCUGGACGCCGUGGCUGCCGGUGAACGUGACGCAGGGCGGGGCGCGGCAGGAGCAGAGGUUCCGCUUCACUUGCCGCGCGCCCCUGGCCGACCCGCACGGCCUGCAGUUCGGCAGGAGAAGGACCGAGACGAGGACCUGCCCCGCGGACGGCUCCGGAGCCUGCGACACCGAUGCCCUGGUGGGGGAUCUCCUGCGCGGCGGGAGCACCUCUCCGCACACGGUGAGCGGGGGCUGGGCCGCCUGGGGCCCGUGGUCGUCCUGCUCCCGGGACUGCGAGCUGGGCUUCCGCGUCCGCAAGAGAACGUGCACGAACCCGGAGCCCCGCAACGGGGGCCUGCCCUGCGUGGGCGAUGCUGCCGAAUACCAGGACUGCAACCCCCAGACCUGCCCAGUUAGGGGUGCUUGGUCCUGCUGGACCUCAUGGUCCCCAUGCUCCGCUUCCUGUGGUGGGGGUCACUAUCAACGCACGCGCUCUUGCACCAGCCCCGCACCCUCCCCAGGUGAGGACAUCUGUCUCGGGCUGCACACGGAGGAGGCACUGUGUGCCACACAGGCCUGCCCAGAAGGCUGGUCGCCCUGGUCUGAGUGGAGUGCGUGCACUGAGGAUGGAGCCCAGAGCCGAAGCCGCCACUGUGAGGAGCUCCUCCCAGGGCCCAGCCCCUGUGCUGGAAACAGCAGCCAGAGCCGCCCCUGCCCUUACAGUGAGAUUCCUGUCAUCCUGCCAGCCUCCAGCAUGGAGGAGGCCACCAGCUGCGCAGGGUUCAAUCUCAUCCACCUGGUGGCCACGGGCAUCUCCUGCUUUUUGGGCUCUGGGCUCCUGACCCUGGCAGUGUACCUGUCUUGCCAGCACUGCCAGCGUCAGUCCCAGGAGUCCACACUGGUCCAUCCUGCCACCCCCAACCACUUGCAGUACAAGGGCGGGGGCACCCCGAAGAAUGAAAAGUACACGCCCAUGGAGUUCAAGACCCUGAAUAAGAAUAACUUGAUCCCUGAUGACAGAGCCAACUUCUACCCAUUGCAGCAGACCAAUGUGUACACGACUACCUACUACCCAAGCCCCUUGAACAAACACAGCUUCCGGCCGGAGGCCUCACCUGGACAACGGUGCUUCCCCAACAGCUGAUACCGCCGUCCUGAGGACUUGGGCUCCUUGCCUUCCUAAGGCACAGAGCAGGUGGAGAUGGGACAGUGGAGCCAGUUUGGUUUUCUUCCUCUGCACUAGGCCAAGAACUUGCUGCCUUGACUGUGGGGAUCCCAUCCGGCUUCAGAGAGCUCUGGCUGGCAUUGACCAUGGGGAAGAAGGCUGGCUUCAGGCUGGCACAUGGCUGCAGGUCUAGUUCUGCCCAGGUCUCUCAUGGCCACCUUGCAACCCACUGUCACGCUGACCCUCCCUUGCUGUGUCCAGGUUGUGGACCUACUGGGCAUGUGAGGAAUUGGAGAAUGGAGAUGGCAAGAGGGCAGGCUUUUAGGUUUGGGUUGGAAACAACUUCCUAUGGCCUCCACAAGCUGAGUCUGGCCUUCUCCAGCUGGCCCCCAAAAAUACCUGUGCUCCAUUCUGAUUAUCUCUGAAAGUAAUCAAUCAAGUGGCCCAAGUAGCUCUGGAUUUUCUACCAGGGUGGGGCCAUUGUGGUGCUGCCCCAGUGUGACAUAGGGGACCAAGGCCAGCACAAGUUGUCCACCUCUGCCUAGCCAUCUGUACUCUACCUAGGGCAUCCAUCUGGUCAGAGGCAGUGAGGACUGGGAACUGGAGGCUGAUCUGUGCUUAGAAGUCCUUUAAUCUGGGCUGGUACAGACAGGCCUCAGCCUUGCCCUCAAUGCACGAAAGGUGGCCCGGGAGAAAGAGAAGCUCAAUGCCAUAGGAGGCAGAAGUCUGGCCUCUGUGCCUGGAUGGAGACUAUCUUCCAGUUGCUGCUCAACAGAGUUGUUGGCUGAGACCUGCUAGGAAGUCUCCGCUGGCCUUUCAUCUGUUCAGGAACGCGUGCGUGUGUGCGCGCGCACACACACACACACACACACAAUUUGUUACAGCAACAAAAAAGAUGUUGGGCUAUGGCAUUAUUAAUUAAAGAUGAUAUCCAGUCUC